CCUUAGGUAAGCCCAUGAUGCUAGCACUACGCAGCAGUCUUUACUGUGCAGUGUAACCUUAGAAAUCGGGUAGCAAAGGAGGUCAAGACAGCAUCUUCAUUCUGGAUAGUUCCACAGAAACGUUAUCAGUCACCAUGGCCUCCAACAAAACACUUUCAUCAUAUGAUGAUGAGAAUGAAUCAAAAUUCAUGAGGAAAGCAAAGGAGUCUCCAUUUGUCCCAAUAGGCAUGGCAGGAUGCGCUGCAGUGGUUGCCUUUGGUCUGUGGAGGCUCAAGUCACGGGGGGACACCAAGAUGUCAGUCCAUCUCAUCCACAUGCGUGUGGGUGCUCAAGGCUUCAUAGUAGGAGCAAUGACAUUAGGGGUGAUCUAUUCUAUGUACAAACAAUAUCUGGCCCCCAAGGAAGACGGCAAGUGAGCAUACCAGACCAGUCUGCAAGUGACAUGACCAGAGAAACGCUCCAUGCCUUCCAUUUCUGCAUUCUGCCGUUUUAGAUUGUCCUACAAUGGACCAUAUAUAUCUCAGAACUAUUUAUUUUAGUCAAGGCUUUAAUUUCCAGUUUAGAAGCCUUUCAAUUUGGCAACUCAUUUUUAUAUGUUGUGAAGGAAAUCAACUAGCACAUCUGUUCUGUGAAUUCUGUUUCUAUCAGUUUCAAGUUUCAAUUUAUAUUUGCUUUUUGUCUGACGUCUGUUGUAAACCACCAGGAAAAAAACUUUUACGGGCUAAACCCAUAGCGCUGGAUUUACUGAAACAGAUUAAACCUAGUCUUGAACUAAAAAAAUAAAUAAAAAUCAAGGUCUGUGGGGAUUCCACUUUAUCUGUGUCAGCAAAUAUGGCCCAGAGACUAUAUCUAAUCCAAACAUUGAUCGGUGUUUAAGUUGUCAUCAAGGGUUAGCCUUAUUAUAUAUAAUACAGUAUAUUGGUUAUUUUCUACAAUUUAUUUUCCACACACUUCUAGUUUGUCUAACAGUAAUAAUUAACAAAAACCUCAUUAUAAUGCUCAGUGUGUCAUGGUUCAUUUCAGCAUCAUCAAGGUUUUUGAUAACUGUUCAAGAGUGUGUAAAUAGUGAAAUUAGUUAAGUAUUUAUUUAUCUUUGGAAAGUGCCAUAAACAAAUAAAGUUUGGUCUUUUG